AACUAACCAUUUAUAUUCAUGAAAAUUAUGCAACAUGUCCUUAAUUAAGUAAUGGAGGCCAAUCCUUUUGAGUUGACAAUUCAUUGAGUAUUAGAAUACAAGCAAGUUGCAUUAUUUUUUUUAACAAGAUGAUGAUUUGAGGCUCCAGUCCUUCUCUCUUGUGCUCCAUCAUGUCUAUCUUCCUUGCUUGAAAUUUGAAAAACUAUGCUGCCUGCUGCCUCCAAGCCACUGCAUACAGCUGCAAACAACUCCAAGCCAAUCCAUUAAACAAAUCUUUAAUCUCUUCAUGUAUGAUCUCUUUCAAGCCCUCACUUCCCUCCAUUCCUCUUCAAGACAAAAGCACUUCCAGCUAACCCUGUAAGUAUUUCAAGAAGAUGAAUAGCGGUAGUCCUUUAGAGUCAUCCACACCAAGAUUUGGAGGGUUUGCUCUCACUUUUGGGAUAUCAAUGGGUGUACUUUCAGCAAUAGCAAUUGCUAUUCUUGCUUAUUAUUUUUGCACCAGGAAACCAUUACCUGCAGGCCAUUCUAAUCAUGAUGGUUCCUUGUCCAUAGAUGAUCAAGACUCGGUCGUUAUAGAAAUAGGCCUGGAUGAAGCCACUCUCAAUACCUAUCCAAAGCUGGUUUAUUCUGAAGCAAAGGAAAAGCUUGGAAAGGGUGAUGAUUCGGUAGCUGCUUCCUGUUGCUCGAUUUGCUUGGCAGACUAUAAAGAUAGUGACUUGCUGCGGCUGUUGCCUGACUGUGAUCAUCUUUUCCAUGCACAGUGCAUUGAUCCAUGGUUGAAGUUGCAUACUACUUGCCCAAUGUGUCGAAACUCGCCUGUACGAACCCCAAGCAAUGUCACCGAAACAGCUUCCAGGGAACCCCGGAGGGUGUUCUUUGAUCCAUGAUGAAUGAUGUUGACCCAGUCAAAUGACAAGUAGCUCUUCCAAGUCCUAUUCGUUGAGCACACGCACCUUGCCCAUGUUAUCUUGCCACCUGCCUUUUCUCUGCUGCCACUCUCUUUGCAAGAUGUGUAUAUUUGGUAAUUGACAAUACCAAAGUUGUUCGUUGAAUCACAUGAGUAUUGAGGAGAGUUUCUAUCCAUUCCUCCAUUUAACUCCUUCGGAACUCAUUAGUCCGUUCAUCUCUUUCAGAACUGGACUGAGAGUGCUGAUGUUUCUUUCAGUCAGUCUUGGUUCGAAACAAUUUUAAGGACACAGAAAUCUGUGACCGUUUUUUUUUCUGUUGUAUGUAAAAUGUCUACGUUGUUCCAUCCAUGUUGAUAGGGUGCGCCUGUACCCUAUAUGCCCACAGAAGUGGUUUAGUUGUUCAUUUUUCACCCAUAAGAAUUCCUUCCUGCCCCAAAAUGAGUGGAAUUAGCUACAGCAUUUUUCAUAAACCUCAACUUCUUCAGUUAUUGAUCAAGUGACCUCUUUCAUAGGGCUUCUUAUAUGCAUUUCACUUGGAAAGAUUCAAAGAACACUUUCUAGGAAGACAUCUAUUGUUCUCACAGGAGGCUUCUUUCAAGUCAAUUUGACAAUCUUUAUUUCACAAUAAUUCAUAAUCUUUCUGAGAUCCCAAGUUGCAAUUUGUGUGGUAAAGGAGAUAGCUUGUGCCUGGUGCCAUGAAAGACACGUAAACUAUUGACAAUUAAAUAACUUGGAAACUACGAAUUGAAACAAUCUCCAGGUAGUUACUCAGAACUCAGACCUUGCAUAUCUACAAAUUCACAGCCCCACUU